GGCGGAUAAACAGUGUGCCGCCGAUUAAGGAAAGGAAGCUGGAAGACGUUGACUUUAUUCGAACCACAUGGUUCCACUUUGCGGUGGUAUUCUCGCUGCAGCUGCCAGCGACGCUGCGCCUUCCCUGUAGGGAUCCGAGUCCAAGUCCGGCCUGUCGCCCACCGGCCCUGGGCGGCCGCGGGCCCCGCGGAGCGAGACCACCUGUGAGGGCUGCUGAGAUUGGCGGAGGCGGUCAUGUGGGCGGUCACGUGCUGCGGCGAGCUCCGUCCAAAAGAAAAUGGGGUUUGGUGUAAAUCUGGGGGUGUAAUGUUAUCAUAUAUCAAGCUACCUCGUAAAACCGACACUGAAAGCUGCCGGACAACAAAUCACAGGUCAAAAUUAUGAGUUCUUCGUAUUAUGUGAACGCGCUUUUUAGCAAAUAUACGGCGGGGGCUUCUCUGUUCCAAAAUGCCGAGCCGACUUCUUGCUCCUUUGCGCCCAACUCACAGAGAAGCGGCUACGGGGCGGGCGCCGGCGCCUUCGCCUCUACCGUUCCGGGCUUGUACAAUGUCAACAGCCCCCUUUAUCAGAGCCCCUUUGCGUCGGGCUACGGCCUGGGCGCCGACGCCUACGGCAACCUGCCCUGCGCUUCCUACGACCAAAACAUCUCCGGGCUCUGCAGUGACCUCGCCAAAGGCGCCUGCGACAAGGCGGACGAGGGCGCGCUGCACGGCCCGGCCGAGGCCAAUUUCCGCAUCUACCCCUGGAUGCGGUCUUCAGGACCUGACAGGAAGCGGGGCCGCCAGACCUAUACGCGCUACCAGACGCUGGAGCUGGAGAAGGAGUUCCACUUCAACCGCUACCUGACGCGGCGCCGCCGCAUUGAAAUCGCCCACGCGCUCUGCCUCACCGAGCGCCAGAUCAAGAUCUGGUUCCAGAACCGCCGCAUGAAGUGGAAGAAAGAGCAUAAGGACGAAUGUCCUGCUGCCGCCGCAGCUCCCGAGGGCAACGUGCCCUCUGUCGCCGCCAGCGCUGCCGCGGACAAGGCCAAUGAGGAGGACGAUGAUGAAGACGACGAUGAGGAGGAAUGAGGGGCCGAUCCGGGGCCCUUGCUGCACCGGACAGUCGGAAAAGCGUCUUUAAGAGACUCACUGGUUUUAUUUACAAAAAUGGAAAAAAUAAAAGAAAAUGUAAAAAAAAAACCCAAAAAAACAAACAAACAAACAAACAAACAAAAAAAACCCCAGAAAACCCAGUCCCCAACCUGCAUUCUACCCGCCCCAUCACCCACUCCGGCUCCCAACUUUUCUGGACUGAGUGGCCAUAGAGACUAGGUCGCCUUGGAUACCCUCGUCUCUGAUGACCCCAACAGACACCCCCAGUCCCAGGCUAGCCGGCCCCGCGCUGGCAUGGCCAAAAUACUACCUAGCACAGGCCUCUGCUCGAGGCACCCCCAAACUACCUAUGUAUCCAGCCCCAGAGGGCCUCCAUUCCCAGGAAGCCCCUAUGUAUCCCAACACUGGCAGACACCCAGCACCACCCUCCCAGACCCGCAAGAACGUGAAUCUCUGUACUACCUACUCCCCUAAAACUACCUAUUUCGUGCUGGCUGGCUUGCCUGCUACCUAGUGCCGACUGCUCCCAGGCAAGUCCCCUGCUGCUUAUAGCUGGCAGCCUUUGGGGUCCCUGAGGCUGCCCUGAGAAUGUGCUGAGGUCCAGGACCAGGGUAUUGGCAUCUAUUUAAAUUGAAAAAUAAUAUAUUUAUUCCAAAAAGCAUUCUAAGUGCUGCACCCUAGAAUCCCUCCUUCUCUGGCUUGGCACCCAAAGUUCAGGCACAUCACCCCCCACUUCUGGAGGGGAAUGUUCCUGGACUGGCUGCAGACCUCUGGGUUAGCUUCUGCUUAGUAGGACUGUGGAGAUGCUCCCAGCUUCAUUGUCCUUUCCUCUGGCUCCCGUAUCUUGCUGUUCAGCUGUGUUAAACAUGUACACCCUGACGUUUCCUAUAAUAGCAAAUACUGUAUAUUUGAACAGGAUUUUUUGGGUCAUUUCUAUAGUCUUGGAGUUCAUUUGUAGGGCAGUGUCUUGACUUGGAAAGGAUGUGUUAUUGGGGUGACUUCGUAGCAUGGUGUGUUGUCUUGAGCUAACUGUAGUGAGUGGGGAGGUCCAAUGCCUUCCGCAAUGCCCUUCAUCUCCCGUGUUGUCCUGUAUCUCCCUCAGCUCCAUCCUGGGGUUCAGGGAAGGCACACUUCCCAGCCCAGCUAACUGUGUUUUAUGUAACAGAAAAAUAAAGAUGCUUGGUGACAAAG